AUGCAGCAAAAUGGUGAGCGCCUUGAGUUGAGAGGUUUUUCAUCUAUUGCAGCUCUGCAUGACUGGACGACGUCGUUUAGAAAGAAAAUUAAACCCCGAAACUGGAGCUUGAUAAUCAGUUGCUUCGCGCACACACACACAAGCCACCACUGCUCUGACAAAACAUUACGGCGGAGCGGCGAAGCCCCCGAUCACCGAUCACAGCCUACCGUCCAAGACGACGUCGUCUUUGGUGUUUCCUUCAGGCCAUAUUGUUGUCCGGGGAGAACUCAAGUCAAAUCUCAUAGAAAAUCUUUGGUAGCACUAAAUCCCAUUAACUUCAAUGGGUUCACUCGAAGUUUUGGUCAACCUGCAAAGGAGGAAGAAGAGGAAGAAGUUGAGAUUGAUCAGAGAAGGCUCCCAACUGAUUAUGAUCCAGCUACUUUCGAUCCUACGGAGCAUCGUAGUCCUCCAACGUACCGUGUCUUUAGGCUUGUAGACGAAGUUUCAGGACUCUCAUUGGCUGAAGCUUGCGAGUUGGGAGUUGUUAUGAUGAGAAAAAUGGGAAUGAAGGAACCACCAACAGUGGGAGUCAUGAAACCAGGAGCUGCUGGAGUGGCUGGAAUUGCAGUGAAGGCAGCAACAUCUGCCAAGGAGGAGAAGAAACCAGAAAAGACUGUUUUUGAAUUGAAACUGGAGUCGUACGAAGCUGCCGCAAAGAUCAAGGUAAUCAAGGAGGUUAGGAGUUUUACGGAUUUGGGUCUCAAGGAAGCCAAAGACUUGGUGGAGAAGACACCUUCAAUUUUCAAAAAGGGAGUAUCAAAAGAAGAAGCUGAACAAAUAAUUGAGAAGAUGAAAGCUCUUGGGGCUAAGGUUAUCAUGGAAUGAAUGUAAGCUGAUUCCAAAUGUAUGACUCCCUGUUAAAAUUUUCUGAAUCUAGUCUCUUCUGCUUUAGACACUAUAGUUAUAAUUUUCUCAUGCAAUCAUUGAAUUUGAAGGGUGGGUGAACCCUGUUGUAUCAGUAUGGAUUAAAGGGUUUGGGUAUUUUGGGCAUGUCAGGAUCGAUUCAGUCAUAUGAAGAAAGGGCCAUGGCAAACAGUUUUUUUAUUUACUUUGUAGUCGAAGCCAUGGCAAACAGUUCGUAAGUCGGGUGCAAUUUGGAGAACUCUGAGAAGGAAUAUUAGUCUGUUGACAUAUUACUGCAGCAGGAACUUUAAUAUGGAUGAUCAAUUGAAUCGGCUGAAGUAAUUUGCAUAUCUAA